CAGUUAUGACAUGUACUCACUCAACUCAACUCAACGAUUCUUAAUUCUUAAUUCUUAUUUGCCUUUCUCAUAUCGACUUUUCUUUUAUUCGAAUAUAAUGUCAGAUAUCGAGAAACCAACCACCGAUGAAAAUGGGCCGGAGUCUGAUGAGCCCAAAAGCCGAAAAGCCUUGAUUUUGAAGAUCGUAGCAGCCGUGGUUGUCGUCAUUGGACUCACCAUACUAUUCUUCUGGAUCGCAGUCAAUCCCAGAAAGAUGAAAUUCCACGUCACCGAAGCCUCCUUCACUCAGUUCAGUCUCUCUAAUGACAACACAAAUCUUCUGUACAACCUUCGCCUUUCAGUCACCGUACGUAACCCUAACAAGAGGAUAGGGUUCCAGUACGACCUAGUCGAGACAGAAGCUUAUUACUACGGCGAGAAAUUCGACUCGGGGAAUCUUGUGUCGUUUUACCAACCCCCGAAGACCACGCGGGUUGUCGACACGUGGCUUUCGGGACAGGGAAAGGUGAGGUUAGAGUCGGAGGAGGUUGUGGAGUUUAAGGAGAGGAAUGGUAAUUCUGGGGUUUACCCUGUUGAUUUGAAGAUUCAUUUCUAUACUAGUGUGAGAUUGGGAAGCAUGAAUAUUGGUGAUUUUAAGGUUAAGGUUAAAUGUGGUUUGAAGGUUCCUUUGAGUGGUACUAGCUCUACUGCUUUUAAUCCUACCAAGUGCGACGUUGAUUUCAACCCACUUCUCGUCAUUUAUACUGACUGAUGAGAUCAUCAAAUGUUUCUCUCCCUCGAUAUGGAAUAUUAUUAUUAUCUGAGUUUUUCUUUAUAUAUUUAAAUGUUUGUACUAGGUAAUUUAAUAAUGUGUCGUUUUUACUUUGUUUAUUAAUUAUUGAUCGAAGAUUCAUUGUAACGGUUUAUAUAUAUGGUACAAAUAUCAUAUAUAUAUAUACAUGUACUUGUUGUUUUGAUUUAUAAUUUAUCAUAUAUUGAUUAUUAAUGUUACUGCUGGGUAAUUAGGAAGUAUGUUCAAGUUCAAUCAUACUGGUUUUUCAUUACAUUAAACAUAAUAUUUAUUCAAUAACUA